AAGAUGUCACUUGUUGGAAAGUCGGAGUUUAAUGUACAAAUCAAGGCGCCAGCUUCGAAGUUCCAUGAAAUGUUCCAUAAGAAACCACACCAUAUUUCAAAUGCGUCUGGUGAUAAAGUACAUGGUUGUGAGUUGCAUGAAGGCGAAUGGGGUAAAGUUGGUUCUAUCAUUUACUGGAAUUACUCUCAAGAUGGGAAGUCUAAAGUGUCAAAGCAAGUAAUUGAAGGUGUAGAUGAGGAGAAAAAUUUGAUUACUUUUAGAAUAAUAGAAGGAGAUCUUUUAGAGCAUUACAGGACUUUUAAAUAUACUAUCCAAGCUAUUCCAAAAGGUGAGGGAAGUGUUGUUUAUUGGACUUUGGAAUAUGAGAAAAGACAUGAAAAUAUUGAAGAUUCACAGAGCUUACUUAAGUUAUGCUUUGAUGUCUCCAAAGACAUUGAUACUCAUCUUAUGGGAACUGACAAUUGAAGAAGCCGAAUCAUUGGGUCAACCCGAGUAUUCAUAAAGAUACCUAUUAUCAUUUCAAAGAUCGAUAAUUUAAUUUUUGAAUUAAAAGAAAAAUAUAUUGUGUUAUGUCACAUUAUGUGUUUAAAGUAUUGUUACUUGUAUUAUGCUUUACCUAUUCCUCUUUAUGCACUAUAUUCUAAUGUUAUGAUGGAUUGAGGAACUAGUUGUUGUCAAAUAUAUUCUUUAUUUAUGUUACGA